AUGGACAGUUCUGCCAUCUUUGGGUUGCACGGGUCAAACAAGAACAGUCCUGUCCACUGUCACCUGAGCGGAGGGCUGGGUGGGCCGCUGGUGACAUCCACCCCCUUCCCUUCCCGUCGCGGGCCUCCUCAGGCACCGCCACAGACUGUCCUCCCCUCCGUGGCCGGCUCCUCGGCCGCCCAGUCCACCUCGCGUCGGGCCCCGCUGCCCACGGCCUCCAGUCUGCGGCAGCCCCCUCGGGGGCCACCAUCUUUGCCGUUGGCGUCGCCUCGGCCUGGUCGCCGCCCCAGCGAGGUAUUGCUCAGUGCCAUGUCCGCCUCCGGGGAUACAGGCGGGGCCCCGGGUGGCCAGGAGAGCCCCGUGCGCGUGGCGGGGGCGUGGGCCCCGGAGGCCGGAGGCGGCAUCGGGGUGGCCGUCGAGUCUGGGCUCCCCCGGAUGGAGGUGGUCGAAGUGGCGGGGCCCGUGGGAGGCCUCGGGGAGUUGCUGGUGGCCCUCGAGUCCGGGCCCCCUGGAAUAGAGGUGGCCCUCGAGCCUGGGCCCCCCCAAAUGGAGGUGGCCGUCGACUCCGGGCCCCCUCGAAUGGAGGUGGCCCUCGAGACCGGGAGCCCCGGAACGGAGGCGGCCCUCGAGUCUGGGCCCCCCCAAAUGGAGGUGGCCGUCGAGUCUGGGCCCCCUCGAAUGGAGGUGGCCCUCGAGUCCGGGCCCCUCCCCCGAAUGGAGGUGGCCCUCGAGUCUGGGCUCCCCCGGACUGAGGUGGUCGAAGUGGCGGGGCCCGUGGGAGGCCUCGGGGACGCUGCGCUGGCUCUGGGUCUGGCCCGCGGCCGGGAGGGCGGGAGCGCCGCGGCCGAGGAGGACGACUCGGACUUCGGGCCGGCGGAGGAGGGUGGGGCAGAGCAGCCGCAGGAGGGCCUGGACAACCUGGUGGACGCCCACCAGUUCCCCAUGGUGGGUUUCCGCUUCAUGUUCCUGGAACUGGUGCACUCGCUGCUGCGCCGCGUCUACUACAACGACCACAUCCUCGUGCGGCCCCCUGGCGGCCGCCUGACGCUCCGGCCCCGGGCCUGGCCGCCCCGCGGCCCCCGCGGGCACCCCGCGCCCCCCGCCGCCCCGCCGGCGCGGGCAGCACCGGCCAUGGCCCGCGAGUCCGAGGGCUCGUCCGAGGAGGAGGCCGCCUGGGAGACGGCGGAGGAGCCCGACCAGGAGCCUGAGGAGGUCCGGGCGACCACCAAGGGAACAACUAAAUAUCAGUAUGAGAAGUCUGGGGCCCACGACUCUGAAAGGGACGAAGGAAAAGACAAGUUCAACAAAAAACAAGAAGGACCCGACUAAAAAGCAUCUGCCCCAACAGAGAACAGGCCCAGAAAAUCCAGUUGGCACAUAAGAAAGAAGAUGAAGAAAGAAGAAAGAAUGUGUUGUUCAUUAUUUUUAGGUUUUUCAUUUUUUAGAAGCCCACGGGAAUUUCAUUAACACCGAUGUCAUUCCAAACUGCAUCACGCAAAAAGUGAUAUCCAAUGAAAUACGACUCUUCUCUUACGUUUGACAGAUAUAUUUGACAGCAUUUGUUCUAGUUAAAACUAAGUUUGUUUUAAAUUAAUACACUGGAAUGUAGGCAGAUUUUACUUAGUUAAAUUAUCUUGACUCAAAUCUCUCUUUUUCCUCUUUGUUUUGGCCCACCGUACCUUCACUGAAAGGUAUCACUUUCCACACCAUUUGGUGAGCCUAUUUUAAAUUAGUUUAUUACAGCCCCAAAUAAAAUAAAAUGUCAAGUUUAAAACACUUUUUGUAAGGAGAGAGAUGUAAGUCAGGUCUUUAGAGCUACACUGUCCACGACAUUAGUAACUACACCCACACGUGGCUAUGAAAUAUGGCUAGUCUAAUUUGAUAUGUGCUGUUAAGUAUACAAAUGUCACAUUAACUCACUGAUUAUUUCAUAUGGAUUACAUGUUGAAACGAUAAUAUAUUGAGCUAAAAUAUACUAUUAAAACUAAU